AUGGACAACGACGGCGGUUGCGAGGUUUGCGCCAUGUGGAGGGACCUAGCUAACUUCAAGAACGAUGGCGUGAAGCGGUUCCUCAUGGUGGCCUCCGAUGGUUUCAGAGACAGCCUGCGCAUACAUCAGGAGAUUGGAAGCCACCUGAGGACUAUGAUCUCUCCUUCUAAGCCUGUCACACUAGAAGCUCCCAAUGGCCAUGUAUACCCUGUUGAAGUUAUAGAGGAGCUUGGCGAUAUAGUACUUAGGUCUGGAUGGAACGAGUUUGUGAAUGCAAACCACAUAGAAGAAGAUGACUAUAUUCUGUUUGUGUCCCUUGUGAACUCAAUCUUUAAGGUUCAUAUUUUCGAUUCAUCCGGUCAUGAGAAGUCUUCAUGCUCUCAACCACCCUUUGGCGUAUUUGGAGCUGUUCCUCCUUGUGAUCAUCAUGUGCUGAAUGAACAAGCGGUGCCUGAUCCUGGACAUGUUCAGAUGUCAAGUGACAUUAGCUACACUACGUUACCUGGGUGCCGUCUCACAAAAGCACAAGACAAGAAAGUACUAGAAAUAGCUGAUACCAUGGAGUCUGAAAUUCCUCUGCACGUGGCAGCCAUGGACAAACAAAAUAUCCACUCGAAGGACUCCUUUGUUUACAUACCGUUGCUACUUGUGCUGAACCAUUUCAAGGAUGAAAUAAGUAAACCUACUAUUCAACUUGAAGCACCUGACAACCACAUAUACAGUGUUGGAGCAAGGAAGCAGAGUGAUGAUCUAGUAGUCCUAGAUUCUGCGUGGGAUAGUUUUGUAGCUUCUCAGUACAUACAAGAGAAGGACCUCCUUAUUUUCAGAAGCACAAAGAAAAAACCACCUCGAAAUGAUGAUGACAUCAUGAGAGAAGGCACGAGAGAAUCUUGCAGGGUGCAAAAGCGGGUGACACGUAGUUCUGCGAAAGCUCGGGAGAUGGCUUCAACGUCCUCCCCUGCUACUAAAUCAGGAUACGAAGCUCGCAAGACGCAUGAUGGAGCACCUGUGAAGCUUGGAGUCGGUUCAGAACCUCCUUCCAACAAUCUUGGGGGUACUUACAUUUUAGGCAUGAAAGCAAGUCUAUCUUUGCAGAUGGAGAAGAAUGUUGAGGAGAAAGUUCAAGCAAUUGGAUCUGAACUCCCUAUCUUUGUGAAAGUAAUGGGUAUUAUCAAUAUUGAUGGCAUUGGCAGCAGCACAUGCGAAAUGUCUUUCUGUGCGGAAUAUGCUUCGGCAUAUCUCCCGGACAAAAAAGGCUGGAAGCAAUUCUCGAGGGAGAACGCCCUGGAGUUGGGAGACGUCUGCCUGUUCAAGCUGGAAGACACGGACACUAGUAUUCUCAAGAUGACUGCCUAUGUAAUUCGCAAGUCGCUGACGGAGCUGUAG